AUGGAGAAGUACUCUGGUUUAUAUGGUGAGCAGACCGACGCAACAAAACAGCAAGAGAGGCACUAUUAUCUUCUGUCCGAACUUCAAACACUGGUCAAAGACCUGCCAAGUUCAUUUCAGCAGCGCUUAUCGUACACCACGCUGAGUGAUCUAGCUCAGGCUCUCAUAGAUGGGACUGUGUACGAGAUUGUUCAGGGCCUACUGGACAUCCAGCACCUCACUGAGAAAAAUCUGUAUAACCAAAGGCAGAAAUUACACAGCGAGCAUAGAGUACUCAGGCAUGAUAUGAUGCGGAAACAGAAACUGGCCCUGCAGACAUGCAAAUCUCAUAAUCUGACUGUACUGAAAGCAAACCAGCGAGCAGAAACUGAGGCUCUGGAGCAGCGUGUGAGAGAUGAGCAGCGGAUGAUGGAUGAGAAGAUCAUAGCUGAGAUGGAUCAGAAGGUCCUUGACCAACAGAACACACUUGAGAAAGCAGGAGUGCCUGGUUUCUACAUUACCACCAACCCCCAGGAGGUGACAAUGCAGAUGAACCUAUUGGAGCUGAUCUUGAAGCUACAGCAGAAAGAAUCUCAGUCAGGAACUCUGCCUUGAGUGAGGUCAGGGGUGUGGGUACAAGCAUACAUGCUAGUUUGUUCACACUCAGGCCAGUAUGCCUCUUGAACAUAUUGUAUCUAAUCAGCCAGUAGCUGUCAUUUACUUCUACAUAUUAGGGGAGACUUUAUUUCCACUGUGUUUGCAGUGACAUAUAUGUGCAUAAGAACUGGACUGGCAAGAGUAUCUUUCCUUGCUCAUGUCUCCCUGUUUGGUUAUAAAGAAGUUCCACUGUCUUGGGUAUCUCCACAUCUGCAUCAGCAGAAAGCAGCAGCCACAUUGCCAAGGAGUAUGUGGUGUUUGGUGCUGUAUUACUGUUCUUUCAGUCUACCAGAAAGGCCUCAGUUACAUGGUGCCUUGGUCUGGGAGAACAUGGACAACACAGCUAGGAAUUAAAUCUUAGUACUGUUGUAAUAGCACACUUAGAGAGUCAAGGUUAUAUGAGGUUUAUUGGCUAAAAAUAUCAAUUUGCAAGGCAAAAGUUAUAGUUUAUUUUUGUAUUAUUUAUUGGCUGCUAUGGAAUGAUUUUUUUUUUCCCUCAUACUGAGAGAUGGAUUAAUCAAUUCUUGCAAGACAGAUGGGUAUUUGAUUUGAUUCAAACAUUAAUAUUGUUUUCUGUUUGUAAAUAAAAGUCUUGCAAAAUUGUU